AUGGGAUUAAAACUUCCACCAGAUAGACUCUAUAAUAGAGCAAUUAUAGCAUUUAAUUGUGUGGUACUUGCUCUGUGGCUCUACAUCGAGGGUCUAAUCGUAUAUUAUAUUUAUAAGAAUGUCUACACAGGUGCCACCUUUAAUUUAAAUGCAGUAUCUAUAUAUGGAUUGUGGAGUUCGGUCGAAAACGCAUUCAAACUUGCAACGGUUGUACACAGCCUGAAUAUUUUCUAUGUAUAUUUUGGAACAGAGUACGAUAAAAAAUGUCUCUAUAUGACAUUAUUUCACCAUGUGAAGGGUUAUAUCAUGUACUUUAUAUCGUUCAACUUAUUGAAGGAGACACUCGAACCACGCUGGGCUUUAGUUAACAUAUGUAUAUGGACAAGUUUGAAUAUUUUGCACUGUAUAAACGCGAUAAACUUCAAAAGACAGCAAAGAAGCGAGUUCUUGGAAUGGAUCUACCAAAAGAUGUUUAUAACAAUGUUCCCACUUUUGACAUUAUCCGAACUACUUAUAAUCAAUCGCUCCGCACCCUUUCUAAAAGAAAUGGAGAAGUUUAGAGAAUUUCCCUCUAGGAUGCCGAACCCAUACAAUUUUCAGAUUGAUUUGUAUAUUGUUUAUCAGUGCCUUCCCCCGGCUCUUAUCGUGUCUUCAAUAGUCGUCUAUCUUAACAGGAUAAAAUUCACUUAA